AUGAAUUCAAAAAUUAAAAAAUCAAAUUCAGUCAAUGAAACCAAUCAAAUUCAACCAAAUGUACAAACUGAUAUUUCAAUUGAUAUAGAUUUUAAUAAGGUCUUUGCAGAUUUGGAAAAUAUUUUUAAAGGUACUCCAAAUUGUUCACAAUCUGAUUUCACUCAAGGUGUUGUAAAUCAUUAUGUUGCUCAAAAUUUAAAUGUUUUCAUUUGUCAUCCAGUUCAUAAAUGUGAUAAUUAUGAAGCAAAACAUCAUUAUGAAUUUAAAACAAAUCUUAUUCAAUCAAAAGGAUAUGACAUUUAUUUAGCUCAUCGUGGUAAACCAAUGGUUGCAACAAAUUUUGGUGAUGGUAAUAUCUAA